UAAACUAAGGCCCCACUAAAUUUAUAAUUAUUUUAAGGUAAAAGGAUUAUUUGCAGUUAAUCAAUAGAUUUAGGCAUGUACAAAAUCGCAAGUACAAAUUCUUGAAGCACAAAGAAUAUUUUGUGAAAAUAAGUUCAUUCAUACGUAUGAAUAUAAAUACAAUUUAUAUUGACAAAUAAGGACAUCUGGGUUAUUCAGCAAUAACAAGUUUAUAGCAUACUUUGCGGAAGAACGUAUUUAACGUCUACAAGAUGUCGAUAUCAGUAAUCAAAUACAAUUACAAUAUCUUAGUAUUGGUUCUUUUUGCAACAUCCAAUAUAUGUGUACAUGGAUCAAAUGACCCAUAUACAAUAUUAGGGAUAAACAACUUUGCUACUACACAGGAAAUAAGAAAAGCUUACAAGCAAUUGGCAAAAGAAUGGCAUCCAGAUAAAAUUCAAAAUGAUGGCGCUUCCGAAAAGUUUAUAAAAAUUAAAUUAGCUUAUGAGCUCUUAAGUGACACGGAUCGACGACAAAUUUUCGACCGCCAUGGGAUAACGGAUGAAGGCUCCCAUUACCUACAAAAAAAAUAUGAUUAUAGUGGAUAUAAUCGAUUUUCAUUAGAUCAAGAAGAGGAUACUUUCGGAAAACGAUUUGUUAUUGACCAAAACAUUGUAUUGUACCAUAAAUUAUCUGUGACAGCUAACUACUUUGAGAAGACUAUUUUAUCAAAUGGGGCCAAAAAAGUGCACCUUGUCAUGUUUUACAACGAUUGGUGUUUUAAGUGCACUCGAAUUGUCAGCGCCUUCAAAAGGAUAAUUGAUGUACUCGAACCGUUAGGUAUAAACUUUGCUACAGUUAAUGCCGUACACGAAGAGUCGACGUUUCGAAAAACUGGUGCAGUUGAAGUCCCACAACUAGUUCUUAUUUUGGAAAGCCGGUUUUUUCUUUAUCGGGAUCACACCCUUACACCACAAAAAGUAAUUGAAUUUAUACGUAAAAAGUUACCAUUUAAAAUUUUUCAACGCAUCGAUAAUGACAAUUUUAAUGAAUUUCUUGGUGGAUGGAUGGACAACCGAGUAAGAGCUUUAAUGUUUGAGCCUCGCAGUUUGAUUAGGCUGCGGUACCUACUUACCGCAUUCGAAUUCUAUGACCGCAUCGCAUUUGGAUUUGUGAAUAUGAACAAUAGGCGAUCAAGCAAUAUAAUUGAUCGCUUUAAAGUCAAUACGAGCUUGGACACACUUCUUAUAUUUAAUGAAGAUUCAAAAAGUUACACAGCAAGUAUUUGUAUGGAGGAAAUCCCAACUCAAACCUUAAUAGAUGUUGUUUCCGCUAAUCAAUUUUUGGUGCUACCCAGACUAUCAUCACAGGCCAUAUUAGAAAGUGUGUGCCCGACUGAAUGGAGCCGUUCCAGAAAACGUUUGUGCGUUAUUCUCAUUACUGAAAAUAAUCGAAGACAUGAUUUUGCAAGAGUCGUCUUAAGAGAUAUUGCUUUGAAUAGCGGUUAUAGUUCAGAAAAAGUCCGAUUCGCUUAUAUGUUUAAGGAAACUCAAUCAGAAUUCAUUAAAGCAAUCUUAAAAGGAUCCUUUAAGGAGAGCUUUCUACAAAUUGUUAUUAUUUGGCGAAAGGAUGAUAAGCACAUAAUGUACGAAUGGGUCAGUAUUGCUAAACAGAACGAAAACCUUUUAACAGAGAGUCUCAUCAAUUCAACAAAAACCGAAAUUUCGUAUACGGUAAAAAGACUUUUAAAAUCUUCAGAAACUUUUAGCUAUGAAGCUUUUGUGCAGAAUCUUUUUAAUGAGCAUUCACAAGGAAUUUUAUCCAAAUGGAUUUCCCGGUUGUUAUAUUUAGUUGAUUAUCUAUCAGAUAAUAUUGAGGACGAGCACCUUCUUGCAGUUUUUUCCCUUUUGGGAACAAUUGCAUUUAUGUUUGGUGUUGGCUAUAUAUUAAUGUACUUUGUAAGGGCCGAAGAGGAAAAGCUGAAGGCGCAAGGUCAUCUUAUUAAUAAUCAAGACCAGCGCCAUAAUAAUCUGAUCCCGGAACUGAAAUUGUACGAACUAAGAGCUGAAAAAUAUAACGGAAUGGUUCGCCUACUAAAACCCGGAUGCCGUACCUUACUACUUAUAACUGAUUUCCAAAGUCGGAAUAAACUAAUUCCAUACUUUCAUAAGGCGGUUUGGCCAUACAGAAAAUCAAAAACAUUAUUUUUUGGACAUAUGGUAAUUGAAAAAGGGCUACCAUGGUUUGCAGAAAUUCUUCGAUUAUCAUUGUGUACAAAUCAAAAGUUGCAAGUCAAUCCCCGGAACUGUGUUGGUACUGUCCUGGCAUUAAAUGGUCAUCGGAAAUACUUUUGCAUGUAUCACGCUAAACACCCAGAGUCUGUUCAGGGAAAAAAGAGAAUACUUAAAAUAACAAAAAUACUUAUGAACACAAAGGAGGAUCCUGAGGUCGGGACGUUCCUUGAAGGAGGAUACUCUGAAGAAUCUGAUACAGACUCAAAUAUUCUUUUGGAGGAUAAUUUACUUAAUAGCCUGGACUAUUGGCUUGAAAGAUUGUUUGAUGGGAGAACACAAAAAUACUAUAUAAAUUAUUGGCCAGACUUUACUACAAAGUAA